AUGUAUUCGAUCGUUCUAGCAGUCAUUUUACUUAUUGUAUGCAGUUCCGUGGGUUUCGCAAACUCGGCCACAAUACCACUAAAUAAGUGCUGUGACAAUGGAUACAUGCUGAACGAAACCCUCCAGUGUGUUACUAAAACUAACCACUCUGGUUUUAGUCCGAUAAAUGAAACGAAACUUGCUGUUAUACAAUCCAUUAAUCAGACUCAAAUGUCAACUAAUAUUUGCAUCGCCGUAACAUUAAUUUGUCCGAAAAAUCACUACUACAUCAAUAGUUCCACUGACAAUGAAACAGAAACUUCUUCUAAAAAAUGUGAUAGCGUUUUACAAAUCCUAGAUUUCUGGGGAGCCUCUAUCGUCAUCUUAGCAACAAUCAUCUAUUCAAUACCAUACUUAAUAGUCAUAAUUGUUUACUGCUUUUGUAGCGACUCCUUGGAUCGCGCUUACGACAGAUCAGUGAUUAGCUUCAACAUUUCUUACGUAACACUGAACAUUCUUCUGACGACAAUCGGGUUCCUUGAACUCUGUCAUCAUGGACUGGAUGACUACGUCUAUGGAAUACUGGGUCUGAGCGUUCUCUACUUGAUUCAGACAUCAGUGAUGUGGCUGUUCGUAAUCUGUUAUGACAUGACUCUGGCGAUUACGCGGUUUCGGUGGGUGCCUGACAGCAGGAAGAACAAAAAAACCGACGAGCGUAAAAAGUUUAUCAUUUAUUCGGCGGCAGUGUGGGGAGUAGCGCUGGUUCCGAUGACAAUUGCUGCUGUCAUGGAGUUCAACACUUGGCUUCCAAAAAACUCGGUCUACAGGCCGAAUUACUCAAGCUUUCAUGGACAGCACAAGUAUCUGCGUGUAUACAGUUUGACGCUUCCGGUGGUGAUGUUGUUGGUUAAUUCACUGCUCUUUGUGUAUACGACGUACAAAAUGAUUAAGAUCCGCGGCAACAAGGCGCUCGCUGAUCACAACAGGACCAAAAAUGUUAAAGAAAAGUAUAUGGUAUAUUUGAAGCUUUAUAUUCUAAUGGACACUCCUUGGCUAUCUGGAGUGCUGUCGGCAAUCUAUCCGAAUCUUUGGAUCUUGAAGUUUGUCAGGAUAAUACAACCGAUUUUGAUGCUGAUUGUUAUUUUGCCGAAACAACAGAAAGAAUUAUUGGCUCGCUUUUUUAAAACUUGUUGGAGUAAAAGCAAUAAUUGCGGAUUUGACAAGUGUAAGAAAGGGUCAAAAAAGCGAGGAAAUGAAAAUGAACUAGUAGUACAGCUAAAUAAUUAG